AUGCUCGGCUUUCAUCUCUUUGUAGCAGGAUUUGAGCAUAGUGAUCAGAGUGCCAAGAGAAUGUCUGGAGGCGCCCGCGCACGCUUUGGUGACUGGUUGACCGGCCGGAUCAAGUCGUAUCAGCCCACAACCGGCUACGGCUUCAUUGAAUGCGAGGAGACCUACAGCUACUACCGUCGUGAUGUGUACUUGAGCAGGCAUCAGCUGGAGCAACUAGACAUCAGGACGAUUCCCGUUGGCACCGAAGUCCAUUUCAGGAUAGAAGAGAAGGAUGAUAAGCCUCAAGCUUCCCACCUGGCACUGCCAAGCAGGGGUGCGGGUGCCUGGGGCUCUAGCCACCAUGGCGGUUACAGCUACGAGGGUGAAGUAUGGCCACAAGAGCCGCUGGGUCCGAAGUCUCUCUUCGAGCCGACCAUGCAGCAAUGCGAGUACACCUUGAAUUCCUUCAAGAACUGCCUGCAGUCCCUGUCAGAGUGCCUGGAGCGGCAUGGCCUCAAUGGUGAAUCCUACAAGGCGCUGAGACAGGCAGAGGCAGCCCUGCAAUGCGAGCAGUGUCGGAGAGAUGAGCGCACAGAAGGCUCCAAGAUUCUCCUCCUCCUCGAGCAGGCGAAGGAGAUGUGGGACGACAAGAGCAACCUUUGUCACCAAGCCCUCCGGAAGGGCCUCAUCCAGCGUCUCCAUGCCCCGCCCGCGCGGCCGGUGGAGAUGAACAUCUCCAGGCUUCGGUUCACGCAGCAAAACCACAGCAAAAGGUUCUUGCACGGCCCUCAUGCGGGGCAGCGCAUUGAAUGGCUGGCGGAGCAACUUGUCUCUGGAAGCAUUGCCCUGGAUGAUCCAUCCAUGGUCCUGAACGUGGUGUACUUCCAUGGCCAUUACAGAUCACUCAACAAUCGGCAUCUAACAGCCAUCAUCAAGUAUGCUGGCGCUAUGGAGAAGCAAGGUCGGUUGCCCAGGCCUUGCUGCGUCCGUGUUUGGCCACUGGUUCGCGGUCUUCGAAUGGAGUUUGAUGACGGCUCCGAGCAAGAUGUCAUCCGGAAGUUCCUUCGUGCGAGCGACAGUGUGAGUGAUGGGAUCAGUAUUGAGUGCAAACGUCGCCCGGGACGACAAACAGCCGUGAACCAAGACGCCUCCAUCCACGUUUCCAACCUCGACUCUGCAGUGCAAGAGUCCGAGCUGCGUGCCCACCUCCUGAAAGCAGGACUUCGGGACACCUUCAAGGUGAGCAUCGCGCGUCGCGCUGACGGGCGCUCCAACUGCCACGGCUGGGUGACCUUCGAGCAGCCGGAGAAGGCGCAGAGGCUUCUGGAUCUCUUCGUGGCGCCUCUUCGUGGGCGCGAGCUGAAGCUGCGCUGGGACAAUGUCUCCGAGGCCCAACUCCGGGAGCCAGGUACCUCCGCCUCCAGGAACGCGGUUGCUGGUAGCGGCUGGGUGAGGUGCAAGGGCUGCCACUGCAAGUGCUCGCCUCUUCUGGAAGUGCUCUUGCUGGAAGGCGAGCGCCUUCGCAAGGACUCCGUCCCGGCUGGCAAGUUCGACUCUGUGCCAACCUUCUUCUGCGUGGGCCGGGAAGCAUCGCUCAGCAACUGCGACGUGGCUCCACACCCGGAUGCCGCAGAGAUGUCCUUCAAGCUUGCUCUGAUCAACUGCAGCAAGUGUCACCUGGAUUUGGGCAACGUCCAGAAAGCCUCCCGCAUGCAGGGCAACGUCCAAGAGCUGUUGGGCGAGAGGGUCGUGCACUUCAAAUGUGCUUCAGUUCUUCUCGAGCUGCCGGAUCGUCAAGACUUGCUGCUCGAAGUCCGCAAGUGGCAGUUCCUUGCGCAGGCCACCGGCAGGGAAUCCAUCUACCGGCUUGCGCAGCUCACGCUCCGGCAGGCUACCGACAUCCUUGGCCUCACUUUCAACUCGAAGGUUCCGGGCAGGAACACGAGCCGCCACGCCCGCAUCAUCCCCCGGAACCCGGACAGCCUCCCGAACGAUGGCACAUGA